GCUAGGAGGCGGGGGACACCGGACACGGUGAGCGGGGCUCAGGAGCAGCCAUGUGUGGGAGGGAAGAGCUGGGUCCUGCGGCAGUGGCCUGGCCAGUGAUGCCCAGGUGGGCGAGCCACCCAGGUGGGCAUUACCAAGUGGGCAUUUUAUUCAGCAGGCAUGAUACCCGAGUGGCAGUGUUACCAGCCAAGCGUGAAAACCAGCGAGCGUGUUAGCAGGCAGUACUCAGGCAUGGCAUCUGGGAAGACGAUGGAGUCGGCCAUGCCCUGGUCCCCCCGCCCGGUCCCGAGGGCCCGCAGCUGCCCCCCUGCCACCCUGCGGAGGUGGCUGCCCCUCCUGGCCUGGAUGCCCCACUACUCCACGCAGUGGCUGAGGAUGGACCUCAUCGCGGGGCUCUCGGUGGCGCUCACGGUCAUCCCCCAGGCGCUGGCCUACUCGGAGGUGGCCGGACUCCCUCCCCAGUACGGCCUCUACUCUGCCUUCGUGGGGUGCUUCGUGUACUUCUUCCUGGGCACCUCCCGCGACGUGACCCUGGGCCCCACGGCCGUCAUGUCCCUCCUGGUCUCCUCCUACACCUUCCGUGAGCCUGCCUACGCCGUGCUGCUCGCCUUCCUGUCCGGCUGCGUCCAGCUAGCCAUGCGGUUCCUGUGCCUGGGGUUCCUGCUGGACUUCAUCUCCUGCCCCGUCAUCAAAGGUUUCACCUCCGCCGCUGCCAUCACCAUUGGCGUUGGGCAGAUCAAGAACCUGCUGGGACUGCAGCGCGUCCCCAGACAGUUCUUCCUGCAGCUGUACCACACCUUCCGCAGCCUCGGGGAGACCAGGGUGGGCGAUGCCGUGCUGGGGCUGGUCUGCCUGCUGCUGCUGCUGCUGCUGCGGCUGAUGCGGGCCCACGCGCCCCCCGUGCACCCCAACACGCCCCCCGGAGUGCGGCUCAGCCUCGGGCUGGUCUGGACGGCCACGACCGCCCGCAAUGCCCUGGUGGUCUCCGGCGCCGCCCUGAUGGCCUACUCCUGCGACGUGGCCGGGCACCGGCCCUUCGUCCUCACUGGGGAGGUGGUGCAGGGGCUCCCUGCGGUGCGGGCCCCCCCCUUCUCAGUGACCACGGCCAACGGGACGGUCUCCUUCACCCAGAUGGUCCAGGACAUGGGGGCCGGGCUGGCCGUGGUGCCGCUGAUGGGGCUGCUGGAGAGCAUCGCCGUGGCCAAGGCCUUCGCGUCUCAGAAUAACUACCGCAUCGACGCCAACCAGGAGCUGCUGUCCAUCGGCCUGACCAACGUUCUGGGCUCCUUCUUCUCUUCCUUCCCAGUCACCGGCAGCUUCGGUCGGACGGCCGUGAACGCCCAGUCGGGGGUGUGCACCCCUGCGGGGGGCCUGGUGACAGGGGUUCUGGUGCUGCUGUCGCUGGGCUACCUGACCUCACUCUUCUACUACAUCCCCAAGGCCGCGCUGGCGGCCGUCAUCAUCAUGGCCGUGGCCCCGCUGCUGGACACCAGGAUCGCCCGCACGCUGUGGCGUGUGAGGAGGCUGGACCUGCUGCCCCUGAGCGUGACCUUCCUGCUCUGCUUCUGGGAGGUGCAGUACGGCGUCCUGGCGGGCACGCUGGUGUCCCUGCUGGUCCUCCUGCGCUCCGUGGCCAGGCCCGGUGUGCAGGUGUCUGAGUGGCCGGUGCUGGUGGUGCAGCCGGCUGGCGGCCUGCACUUCCCCGCUGUUGAGGCCCUGCGCGAGGCCGUGACGAGCCGGGCCCUGGGAGCGUCCCCACCGCGCUGCGCGGUCCUGGAGUGCAGCCACGUCUGCAGCCUCGACUACACGGUGGUGCUGGGGCUCCGGGAGCUGCUGGAGGACUUCCGGCGGCAGGGCCUCACCCUCGCCCUCGUCGGCCUGCAGGAGCCCAUGCUCCGUGUUCUGCUGUCCGCUGACCUGAAUGUCCAGCACUUCCCCAGCCUGGAGGAGGCAGAGAAAUACCUGAGUCAGGAGCCGGGCACCCAGCCCCACAGCUUCAGCGACGACUCUGUCCCGGAGCCCUCGCUGCCCUGCUGAAGGCCGGAGCGCCCGAGGGCAGGGCGGCCGAAGGUUCUCCUGCGAGGCCGGACGCUGCGCUGGCCGGAGGGUCUGCGGAAGCCGCAGCGGGACCGGAGGAAGGACAGGGCCCCACUGGUUCCCCCCGGGACGAUGGAAGCUUGACCUCCUACCGACCUGGGGCAGAGCCCUUGUUUGGAGAGAGACUUCUAGAAAGACAGACCCCAGGGUGUCAGCCUGGGCCAGGAAGGGUCCCCGCAGCCCAGCCCCUUCCUGGCUUGGGGGCGGGUGGGGCACAUCUCCCGGGGUGCUGUUCCCCGCCCCCCUUCGGCCCCGGCCUCCUGCCAUUCUGGGAGGAACAAGGUGUGCCAAUGGCCUCCUGUCUGCUGACGGGCGAUGAGGCUGCAGAGUGUCUUUUCACUGUAGUUGUUAAUCCUCACGUGAAGGUGUUUUUCCAUUGAUUUUUAGAGCAAGUGAAAGGGAAGGGGAGAGACAGGGAAACAUCGGCUGGUUGCCUUCCACACGCACCCUGACCAGGGCCGGGGAUGAGCCUGCAACUGAGCUGCGUUCCUUUAAUUGGAGUCCAACCGGGACCCUUCUGUCCGCGGGCCGACACUAUCCACGGAGCCAAACCAGCCCGGGCACGUUUGCGGGUUUGGUUUUUAAUUAAAAAAAGUAAUAACCUU